UAAAAUUAUCGACUUGUAAUCGAAGAAAAUUUAUUCAUUUUACAUAAAAAGUGAAUUAAAAUCAAUUAUUUGAAUAAACAACUUUCAUCAUGUCACGUAGUGCACGCCCACUCACCUCAGCCCGUGUGCUUCACAAGAUUAAAGAAUUGACUACGCCGUCUUCCGAUGGCAAGUGCGUGGUCAAUCGGAAUCCACGCAAUCUUGAAAGAUUACGUAUAGCCUAUAAGCCAACCGGUUAUCAUCUGGAAAAGCCGGGCCGUACCUAUUGGCAUACAUUGGAGAUUAACACAAGUGGUCGCUACGUUAGCGCCGAUGUGAAGCAUUUCGAAAAUGGCACAAUUCUGAGUGCCAGCACUUCAGAGUGGGCUAUAAAGCAACAAUUGUACAAAACAAAUGAUACACCUGCAUUUGUAAAUCUGGGCCGUGUGCUCGCCCAGCGCUGCCUGCAAGCUGGCAUUACUGAGAUAACUUGCAACGUGCCUGCAGUUCCCGGCAGUAAACUGGAAAAGCUGCUGCAAGCUGUGCAAGAAAACGGAGUCAGCUUCCAGGAACCCGCCAGACUUCCACUUACCCAUCCCUGGGAUGCCUACAGACACGAGAAACCCUGGGAGGUAACGGAGCACGCAUUGACACAGACAACAACAAAGAAAUAAAAUGAAAAACAAAAUUGUUUUGGGUGUUGUAUCGUUUAUAAUAAACGUUGAGUUAUGCUAAUUACAAUGAGUCAA